GCGCACACAACACGCGCCCCCCGACCUCCCCACGGCCACGAGACAGCCACCUCCCGACCUCCCUGUGUGCCCCCAGAGCUCCGAGAAGCCAUCCCCCCAAAUCGGCCUACGCUUCCACGCCCUCCUCCACGAGGUGAGGAAACCCUAGCGACCGACCAUGGCGCUGCUCCCGCGCACCGCGCGGCUGGCCCUCCUCUCCACUCCGCGGGCCUACUCCGCCGCCGCUGCUGCGGGCGCCUCCUCGACGUCCCCAGCGCCAUACGGGGGCGCGCCCCCGCCGGCGAUGUCGAAGACGGCCGAGUUCGUGGUCUCCAAGGUGGACGACCUGAUGAACUGGGCGCGUAAGGGCUCGAUCUGGCCCAUGACCUUCGGGCUCGCCUGCUGCGCGGUGGAGAUGAUGCACGCCGGCGCGUCCCGCUACGACUUCGACCGGUUCGGCGUCAUCUUCCGUCCCUCGCCGCGCCAGUCCGAUUGCAUGAUCGUCGCCGGCACGCUCACCAACAAGAUGGCUCCAGCCCUCCGCAAGGUUUAUGACCAAAUGCCUGAGCCUAGAUGGGUUAUUUCAAUGGGCAGCUGUGCCAACGGUGGUGGAUACUACCAUUACUCCUACUCUGUUGUACGUGGAUGUGACCGUAUAGUCCCUGUGGACAUCUACGUCCCUGGGUGCCCACCAACUGCUGAGGCACUACUGUACGGUGUUCUUCAGCUCCAAAAGAAGAUCAACAGGCGUAAGGAUUUCCUUCACUGGUGGACCAAGUGAAGCAUGCUUCUGCUGUUGCUCGCUCCCUAUAUUUCUUUGCAUUUGACCUACUUAUCUCAUCUGAAAUAAGGACAGACUUUGCUCAGAUUUGCAAAUUUGUUGUGCCUGGAAGGAUGUAUGUCCAGGUUGUUUGAUGAGCAUAGAGCUCUGUACUUGAAGUCAGUUCGCCUGUAAUGGACACCAUACCUGCCGUGAAUCUGUUUUUAAGCUUCCAUUGUAAUACAGCAAUACACCAGAUGCCUGUUAAUGGGUAUCUUCUCCCUACCAUUGGGUUUAUAUACAGGCUUACAUGUCUUGUCUUUUAUCAU